CGACGAAUAAUGAUCGUAUUGAGGUGCCCAAUGGAGUCGAUACAGUUGUUGUGCGGUACUGAGCUGCGAGGCAUUCAUCUUGUUGGUGUGGCCAAGCCGUUCAUCGACGUGCACAACCGAGGAAUCUUGCCCCACUGCUUCGGCUUCAUGUUAAAAGAGGCAGGUUUAGCCAGCAUUCGAUUCGUGAAGAGCAAGUAGUCCAGUCUCUACGGUAGUGCCAUAACAUGUUGAACGAAACUGCAUGUUUAAAUAAAUGUACCACUCUACUCUAUGUAUUGUCAUAGAGUAGACGUUACCGUAUCGUGGAGAUUGGAGCACCGAAAUCUAGGUCAGUUGUGCAAACCUGCGGUGAAGCUGAAGGGGCACUGUUGAAAUUCCAACAAUGGAUAGGAACACAAUCGUUGGCCGCGUGAAAGAGAGUAGAACACAGAAGGAGCAUCCUCCCAAAAAGUAUCACCGUAUCACCGUCAGGCCAAACAGCCGAUUUGAUUUGCUAUGCGGAUUCUUUGCGUGUUCCGCCAUCUCUUCCUUCCUGCCAGGGCCACUCAUCGGCCCCGUUCUCGUUCCUCCAAUGACCUCACCGGUCUUGUGAUUGAGAUCCCCAAAAAAGACCGUGACAAUGAUGACAGCACCAUUGCCUCCACUGCCACCGGUGCCUGUUGCGCAAACAGAAAGUUUCAUCUGGACAGCAUAUCCCAUGGAGAGCUCCAACAGGAAUGCAAAAAGUCUGAGCUUUCAGCCUCAGGCACUCCUGAAGUCCUCCGAAAUCGUUUGCGACGGGCAAAGCAAGCCAAAGAAAACCGUCACAAAGAAAACGAAGCAAUAGACGUCCACGCGAAAGACACCCACGCCAAAGAACAUCAAGCGAAACGCACGAAGGAAUCCGUAGCAGAUGAUUUGAUCUGUCCCAUCAGCUUGGACUUGCCAUGGGAUCCUGUUACAGCGGAGGAUGGCCGUGUGUAUGAUCGGGAAUGCAUCGAGACACACUUUCACACCCAUUGUGGGGAUCUCAAGUCACCAAUCACCAAUGAAAAGAUGGGCAGCAAGCUCUUGCCAGCAGUCCAGCACCGAAACAUCAUUGAGGCGUUGCUGGAGUCGGGUGCCAUUGAUGGAGACCUGGCUGCCAAAUGGAACGAAAAGGUCAAGCAGAAGGACUGGUUGAAGAAGGCCCAAAAAGGAGAUCCUUAUUCUAUGUGGGGGGUGGGAUUACUUUACGACAAAGGCUUGCUUGGUUUGAAACAGGACAAGAAUCUGGCAUUUCAGUGGAUGCAGAGAGCACACGAUGCUGGUGAUGUGAGGGCUACAGCAUCAUUGGGUGCAAACUACUUGCGCGGAAAUGGUACACCCAAGUGCCCGAAGAAGGGCAUGAUGUACGUGUCCAUUGCAGCAGGCCAAGGAUCAAACUUGGCAGCAUAUUAUUUGGGAAUGGCUUUGGCAAACGGUGGCCGUGGUAUGCACAAUGAUAAACAAGAAGCAAUCAAAUGGCUGGCGAAGGCAGUUGGGGUCUGUCCUUACAUGAAUCUUAGCGAAGAUGCCGUGAACGAAGCUCAGGAAAAGUUGAAUCAGCUUUUGGCAUAGUCUGCCGUUGCCACUAUUGCUACAAUACACGCACGAUCUGUCUCCUGGUUCCGGUGGGGGUGACUUGUCUUGCCCAAUUGAGGACUGGCUUUAUUCCUGUCAUCAAGCCAUGCACUUCAAUUUUUCAUGUACCGGUACCAGAUUAACCAACAGCAAUGAAGUCCCCCCCCCCCCC